GGUCGAUAUAUUGAGUUAGUCAAAAAACACAUCUUCAAUUAAUUAAUCCAAUAUCAACUAGGCGCGCCGUACUAUUUUCAAGCCCAUCCUUCUGUCAGUCACAAUAUGCUCUCUCACCCAAACAAUGCGGAGCUUUCUGUUUAAAAAUCAUUCAAGAAGACCAAAGUGAGUUCUAAUUCUAAUUCUGCAACAAUUUUUGUCCAAGACUAAAAUCUUGGAUGAUUUGUGUCAAAGAUCCAAUACAAAAGGUGAUCAGCCUUGAUUCAACCUAAUUUGGUGCAAGUGGUGUUGCAUAACAACAACAACAACAACAAUUCUCUAGGAGAACCUUCACUUGAUAUCAACAAGCCUCUUUUAUGUGCAGACUAUCAAUUAGAAACGAUUUAAUAUAAUUAGCAUCUCGUUGAUCAUUAAGUUGCUUUUAAACUCGAAUCAUUCUAACGUUAUUAGUGCAGUGAGUAGUGCAGUGUGUGUCUACCAAAAUAAAUGCUAAAAUGAUCUCAGUAAUACACUUGACCUUGAUUGUUUUCUUGGCAUAUCUAAAUCCGUCUGAUGGAAAGUGCACCUUAGCACCAUUAGAUUCCGAGCGGCAUAUACGUCAGCCAAUAGCUUACGUUUGCAUCCACGGAGAUCUUCAGGAUUUGCAAGAUGUGCCCAGUAACACGGAAUGGAUUGAAUUCACGGUGUCACAUUUGCAUCAAAUCCCAGCUGAUGCAUUUUCCAGAUUCAGUGAUUUGAAGCGAUUGACUUUUUACAAUUGCGAAUUGAGGGAUAUCAAUCAGGAUGCGUUUCGCGGGUUGCAUAAUUUGGAAUGGUUGAUAAUGUCCAAUACCAAAAUGCAGGUAGCUAGAGCAGCGAUGUUCAAGCAUGUGAAGAAUUUGAAGCUACUCACUUUAGAUUCGGUGGAAUUGAGCUACGUUGAGCCGGAGGUCUUCCAGAUUCUGGGGAAGAAAUUGGAAUCGCUUAAUUUGAGGAACAACGACCUGAAUUGUCUGCCAAUUGAUGAUUUGGCGAAAAUGAGUAGGCUUAAGACCAUAAGAAUUGAUGAGAAUCCAUGGCUGUGUGACUGCAGAAGUGCUUUGGAGAAUUUGAUGGCCAAACAUAAAAUUAGGCAUGAAGGUGCUGUUGAUUUGAGGGAUUAUGCUCGGCAAAAACGGUGGCAGUGGCAGUAUAAUGAGAGUUACUUUCAUCAAAGUAGUACUCGGGUUUAUGAUUGCAUGGCGGUUUUGCAGUACCCACAAUUGCCCUCAGUGAAGACAGUUGAUGCUUAUCAGAGCAGAAUUGAGUGGAGAGAAUCGACAACCAAUAGCAUUUCUUAUCUAGACUAUUUGCCGGAUAAUAGUGGAUGGAUUGAAGUUUUUAAUGUUCAUAUUCCUAAAUUAAAACGCUAUACUUUCUUCAGAUUUGGAAAUAGUUUGAGGAGUAUUUUGUUGAAGGAUUGUGGGAUUAGGGAGAUUGAACCUGAAGCGUUUGCUGGGCUGCAUAAAUUAGAAAGAUUGGCUAUUUCAGGGGCUCAGUUAACUGUUGUUGCUAAUUAUUGGUUUCAAGAUCUCACGAGGCUUACAGAACUGGUUAUAGAAAGGGAUUCUAUAGAAACUUUUGAAUUUGGCGCGCUCAAUCAUCUUCGGAAUUUGAGACAGUUGGAUCUUACGGGGAAUAGGAUUAAUUGUCUUGAGGUUGAGAAUUUGGAACAGUUGAGGUUGCUACAGCGAAUUGAGGCGAAGGAAAAUCCAUGGUACUGCUCUUGUAGAAGGAAUCUGGAAAAUUGGCUGCUGAGGAAUCAAAUUGGGUAUGCAAUGAGCAGUAGCAGAACUUCGGGGACCAGUUGCUUGGAUGAAAAUGAUACUUCAGUGGCUCGUCCGGUUACGGAUUAUACUUAUUACAAUGCAUCAUCCACUGGACGCAUUCGUUGGAGCUGGGGCUACGAAGUUCAAGCCCGAAAACCAGUAGAACGACCAACAACACUAGCGUCACCUAUUAUCAUAGAUCGACCGUCAACGCCAGUAGUUAACCUAGGAGGUUGUCGUCCUGUUGCCUCGCAACAAUACUACCAUAACCCGCGAUACAAUCACCUGAAAGGUUUAACUUACGCCUGCGCACAAGGGUCACUAGCAGAUCUAAAAAAUAUACCGCCCAAUGUCGAAACAAUAAUUAUUACCAACAAUGCAUUGCACACUCUAGAAAAUGAUUUUUUGAGGAAAUUCAAUGGCUACUUACGAAGACUCGAAAUACGGAAUUGUGCAAUUAAUACAAUUGAAAACGGCGCAUUUGCGACCUUGUAUAACCUAGAAAGUCUUAUCAUACGUGAUAACAAUAUUGGGACCGUGACCUUGGAUUGGUUUGGACGCGACAUGAGAAAUUUGCGUCAUUUGGAUUUAUCUAGGAAUAAUAUUGGAAGAAUAGAAAAUAAUCUCUUUGAUUGCGUUCCUAAUUUAAUAAGUCUUGAUAUUUCGGACAAUAAAUUGAACUGCAUUGGGGUUGAGCAACUUGAAAAGUUAAGAUAUUUACGAGAACUAAGGAUCACUGGUAAUCCAUGGACUUGCUUAUGUGCAACGAGACUAGAACGCUUCAUUCAGAACAAAGAGAUUUCUUGUCCAAAUGGGUGUUUGGAUUCAGUGUUGUAUGAUAAUGGAAUGUCUACUUGGGGUGGGUGUCAUGUAGAUCGUCCAAGAAUUUCAUCAAUUCCAUCAACUUCCCGACCAAUUUCCCCGCCAACAAUUACUUCUACAGAAGUUCCAGUAACUGAAGCUUACAACGUAACUGGAACAUGUUCUGCAGCAAACGAGCGUACCCACUACUUCUGCAACAACGGAGAUAAGUUUAUCAUAAACAACAUCCCUACCUACGUCCGUUCAAUUGAAAUUUACGACAGUCAUAUUCCGUAUCUUCCUGCCGGGUGGUUUUCACGCUUCAGAAACCUAACUGAACUUACCAUCCGCGGAUGUUCUCUGGAAGAUAUCGACCCUCGCGCAUUCCACGGCCUUUACAAGCUCGAAAAACUGGUGAUCACUGACAACCGAUUAUCAGUGAUCCGCAACAGUUGGUUCCGCGAUUGCAAGUCGCUUUAUUGGCUAGAUUUGAGCAAGAACAACCUUAUGGAGAUAGAGGCGGAUGCUUUUGACAACUUGCAACAUCUUCAGUACCUCAAUAUUGAAGACAACGCUUUCCAGUGCAUUUACACUGGAUAUUUUACGGAACAGGAUCAAAAUUGGCGAAGAUUGCCGAGACUAAAAGUCCUUGAAUUCGGCAACAAUCCACUUAAAUGGAGGUGUUAUCAAGAAUUACGUCAAUUUCUUGAAGUUAGGAUUAUUGGGUACACGUACUUUAAGUGUCCGCAUGACAGCAAAGCUUUGGUGAGAGAGUUGUUGAAUGAAAACAAAAUGGACGGAACUGCUCCUAGCGCGGGGUUCAAAUUGCGAUUUGAUCACUUCACUUUUCUUCUGGUCAUUUUGUUGUUUAAUAUCUUUUAAUUAAAUUAGUCAUUAGUUAUGGUUACUAUUUAAUGAUUAUUGAAAUUGAGUACUGUUGUAUUCGACUAAAAUGUGUUCGGAUAGUGUACCUGAUAAGAAACUUAACGCUUACGUAGCUACACGAUAAUUUUAACUAAAAAGUAUUGAACAUUGAUAAAAACAUUUCCCCUAUCGAAAAAAUCCAUAUUGGAAAACAGCCUGGAUUCCCAAAUGGCGUUUUCGGAUAGAUUCCCAUAUGGCUUCCUAUAUAGGAAUCCAGGGUAGGAUCCUACAUAGAUUCCCAUAUUAAUCAGGCGAAAAAAAAUUUAUUUAA